AUGGAUGAAGAAUCUGUAGACGAAGAAAUAGAUGAAGAAGCUAUAGGCAAAGUUAUAGAAGAAGAAGUAAGUAUAAAGAUUAAUUUUACGGAUACCAUCAAGGUGAUGGCAAAAAUUCUUUAUGAAAGAGAACAUCUGAAGAAGGAGAGUUCCAUAUACACAUUUGAUGAAAUGCGAAGAUUACUUCAAGGAAUUGAGCCAAGCUUGGGAAAUUUCUUUGACCAACUUUAUUUGGUAGCUCAACCAUCAAAAC